AGUUACACACCAUCUUCUUCUUCUUCUUCUUCCGAACAGAGAGUACCAGUUCGCCGACGUCACUAGCUUCUUCUUCUUAAUUACUUAAGUUUCCUGUUUUCUUUCAGAAACGAAGAAAAGCAGCUGCUGAUGAAGAUGCAGACUGAGGAAUCUCACGACCUUACGAAUGGAAUCUCCGAGGAGGAGUCGAAGGAAACAAAGAAGAGUCAAAAGGCUGAUAGAAAGAAAAAGAAGUUGAAAGAGAAAUUGCUUAAGGAAGCUUCUAAAGCUGACAAUAGAGGGGUUUGCUACUUAAGUCGUAUCCCACCACAUAUGGAUCACGUUAGACUUCGCCAUAUUCUCGCUCAAUUUGGAGAAUUAGGAAGGAUUUAUCUUGCACCUGAAGAUUCUGAAGCACAAGUUCACCGCAAGCGUGCUGGUGGAUUUCGUGGGCAAAGGUUUUCUGAAGGGUGGGUGGAGUUUGCUAAGAAAAGCGUAGCUAAACGGGUUGCAGAUAUGCUAAAUGGAGAACAAAUCGGGGGGAAAAAGAAGUCAUCAGUAUAUUAUGAUAUUUGGAACAUCAAAUACUUGACCAAAUUUAAAUGGGAUGAUCUUACUGAAGAAAUCGCAUACAAAAGCGCAAUACGGGAACAGAAAUUAAAUAUGGUUCUUUCUGCUGCAAAGAGGGAGAAGGACUUUUAUCUAUCUAAAAUAGAGAAGUCACGUGCCAUGACCGAGAUAGAUGCACGAAUGAAAAAGAAACGAAAGAUUCAGGAAGAAUCGGGUAGCAAUGCUGAAGCAGCACCAGUCUUUCCACCUAGGGUGAUUCGCCAUUUUAGACAGAAGAAAUCAAUUGAAAAUGAGACAUCUCAGAGCAAGCCUGGGCUCUCCACUGAUUUCCUAGCAUCGGUAUUUGGCGGUUCUUAAAGGUUAAGAGGGCAUGUGACACUGCGAAUUGAUCAUAGCUUGAUGGAGAAAUCAAUGAUCAACUCCAUUAUAUAUGAAUGUCAAUUAGUUUCUGCAUGUCAACAGAGAAAAUAUUCACAUACACUUAGCAUUUUGUAUACUUUUGUGUUCUCUCUUAAGAAUCUUGUUCUCCUUAUAAGGUUUCCUCUAUACACUAUUGUCAAGAAACAUGUGUGACCUUUCCACCACCACAAAAAAAAAGUAAUUUAAAAACGCAUUACACA